CCGCCCGCCGCCAUCGCUGCCGAGGCAUUGGGCUGCACGAAAACGAUGCGGCGCGGUUGCUUCUGCACCCGGUCUCUGGAGCAAGGCUCGAGACGAAAGACCACAGAGAAGGUGGCAAAUGGUCCGGGGGUCGAGGGUCCGAGGUGCUGCGACGAUGUGAUCACACUCUAUCCUUGCGCGGCGCUCACUUCCGCCUCGGUAUCUGUCAUGGCCACCGGGACCAUGUGACUCCGACUCUCACCCCGCCACCCUCAUCAUCUCCCGACCCUGCUUCCAGUAGUCGCGCUCUGGCGAUCCGGAGCUGCGACUUCCUCCAGCUGCGACUUCCUCCCGUUCUUGCUGACUGACUCGGACACCGCCUCUCUUCCCUCUGCAGGACCACGGCACUGCCUCCGAGCAAUCCCAAGUACUGUCUGGAGACUGCCAUCUCUUCCCUGGCUGGACUGUUGAAUUGGAACUGGCAUUGUAACACCACUCUCCAGGGCUCCCUACUACCCCCUGCCCUCCAGAAAACACCGGGGGAAAAUGACACAUUGGUUCCAUCGGAACCCACUGAAAGCAACUGCUCCUGUCCCCUUUAAUUACUAUGGUGUCGUCACAGGCCCCAGUGCUUCGAAAAUUUGCACCGAGCUGAGAGCCUCCAGGGCGCGGCUCCUGGAGCUGUUCACUGACCUGACCUGUAACCCUGAGAUGAUGAAGAAUGCCGCCGAUGCCUACUUCUCCCUCCUGCAAGGCUUCAUCAAUUCAUUAGAUGAGUCUACCCAAGAAAGCAAGCUGCGUUAUAUUCAGAACUUUAAGUGGACAGAUACUUUACAAGGACAGGCUCCAAGUGCCCAGCAGGAUGCUGUCUUUGAGUUAAUUUCCAUGGCAUUUAAUGUAGCUUUAUGGUAUACCAAAUAUGCUUCGAGAUUGGCUGGAAAAGAAAACAUAACAGAAGAUGAAGCAAAAGAUGUCCAUCGAAGUCUAAAAAUUGCAGCUGGAAUUUUUAAACAUUUAAAGGAAAGUCAUAUCCCCAAACUUAUCACCCCUGCAGAAAAGGGGCGGGAUCUGGAGGGCCGACUCAUAGACGCUUACAUUAUCCAGUGUCAGGCUGAAGCUCAAGAAGUAACAAUUGCCCGAGCAAUUGAAUUGAAACAUGCUCCUGGACUAAUUGCUGCACUGGCAUAUGAAACAGCCAAUUUCUAUCAAAAAGCUGAUCAUACUUUAUCCAGUUUGGAGCCUGUGUACUCAGCUAAAUGGAGAAAGUACCUGCACUUGAAGAUGUGCUUCUACACAGCUUACGCUUACUGUUACCAUGGCCAGACUCUGUUGUCCAGUGAUAAGUGUGGUGAAGCAAUCAGGUCUCUGCAAGAAGCAGAAAAAUAUUAUGCGAAGGCAGAAGCAUUGUGCAAAGAGUAUGGAGAGACCAAAGGCCCCGGGCCCACAGUCAAACCUUCUGGACACUUGUUCUUCAGGAAACUGGGCAGUCUAGUGAAGAAUACUCUCGAGAAGUGUCAGAGGGAGAACGGAUUCAUCUACUUUCAAAAAAUCCCAACAGAAGCUCCACAACUAGAACUCAAAGCCGAUUAUGGUCUCGUAGAACCUGUGCCUUUUGGAUUUCCUCCAACAAGCGCACACUGGACACCAGAGGCGCUGGCUGCAUUUGAUCUCACCAAAAGGCCCAAGGACGACAGUGCCAAACCCAAACCAGAAGAAAUGGUGAAACCUGUCAAAGAACCAGAUAUCAAACCUCAAAAGGACACUGGGUGCUCUGUCUCUUAAAAUACUUUGAUGCACUGUGCACGCUGAAUGUUUCUGCUGGUAGAGAAAAUAAAUCAUGAAGCUUC